AUGACAGCACUUCUACCACAGCACAAGGCUGUUUUGGUUGUCUCCGCUUACACGGCUCUUGGUUUCGUUGUCAUGGAGAUCCUGUAUCUGGGAGUCUGGUGCCGACCGUUCAACCAAUAUUGGGCUGUUCCUCCUUCGAAUCCUCAGUGCUCCGCAGCUACCAACCACCUCAUCACGAAUGCUGUGCUCAACAUAUCUUCGGAUAUUAUGAUCAUAGCAAUUCCUAUGCCACUCCUGUUCAAGGUCAAGCUGCCGAAGAAGAACAAAGCGAUUCUGAUCGGUUUAUUCUUGAUCGGAACGUUCAAUAUCAUCGCAGCUGUCCUGAACAAGUACUAUUCCUUCACCCAUCCAUUCGGACUCGAAUGGACUGCGUGGUACCUACGCGAGUCCUACACCGCCUUCCUUUGCGCGAAUCUACCUCUGACGUAUCCGCUCCUCCAACGAAUCUUCAGGCUCAAAGCCUGGUCGCACAACUCCUACGAUGGGCGCUACAUGUCUGGAUCGCUCCAACGUGCAUCAGCAUGGCGAUCGGGACUGCGGUCGGAGCGGAAAUCUAGACUUGGGCUCAAGAGCAUCCCAGGAAAUGGAGGCAUAUCGAAGACUGUUAGCGUCAACGUGACGAACUCGAGGAGUCAUCACCAAGAGCUGCAGCGGAGUGAGAGUGAAGAGAGGAUAUACGGACCUCCGACGUCGAGGAUACAAUUAGAGCAGAAGACGUUCGAUGGCACGUCGGAGCAACACCUUUGGGUGCCUAGUGUCACGAUCGAGAUGGGACCGGUCAGUCCAACGAGUAACAAGGCAGAUAGUAUGACUACUACUGGGAGCAUCAAGAGUCUGGAAGAUGCACACGUCAGACAUUGA